AUGGCGUCCUUUUCCUUUUACUUGUUGCUCAUCAUCAUGGGAUUCAUGGCCUCCCCUUUGCUUUCUUUAUCUUCUCAUCUUGAUUCUAAAGCUUCCACUAUCCCUGCUAUGCCGCCGUUUCUGAAAAACCCUCUUCCACCCCUAUCUCCUUUCCAAGAAUUGUCCCCAGACAUUACUCCACUUUUGCCUUCUCCCGGUGGUGUAGUGCCUGCUUCAUCUGAGUCGUCUGUCCCCACCAUUCCAUCGACCCAGAGCCCUCCGAAUCCCGACGAGUUGGCGUCUGGCCCUGAUUCUGAGUUUUUGCCGUUGCUGUCUACCUCGGUAGCUUCUACCACCUUGGUUUCGUACUUAAACGCGGCUGUUUAUGCAGGUUCAGCUGCAUAUUGGUCUAUGCUGUUGCUUAGGAUAAUACAUUGA